AUGAGUACCAAGCCACCUUAUUUUGCAGAUAAGAAAGUUCUUAUCACUGGAGCCUCAAGUGGAGUCGGAAUGGCUCUAGCAUACUGGUAUUUAAACAAUGGUGCUCAAGUGGCUUUAGUUGGAAGAGAUAUUGAAACAUUAUCUAAAAUUGGAGAGCAAUUCCCCUCAUAAUCAUUGGAAAUGGCACUCUCAGUUAUUGAGAAAAUGGGUGGUCUUGAUAUCUUGAUCAAUGCUGCAGGGCUUAUAUUUGAUGGUGAUAUUUAAAGCACCUUUCCAUAGGAUUACGAUUACUUGAUGGAUAUUAAUUUGAGAUGUGCUUUCCAUAUGACUCUUAUUUUCCAUAAGUAUCUAGGAAUGUCUAAGGGAUGUAUCGUUAAUGUCUCAUGUUCACAAGGAUCUAAGCCAAAUGCUGGCACAAUUGGCUAUUGUAUGACUAAAGCUGGGCUUGAAAUGCUUACAAAAUCAUCUGCACUUGAGCUUGCUCCCCUAGGAAUAAGAGUUAAUGCAGUAUCCCCUGCAACUCUUGACACAAACUUAUACAGAUAUACCGGAAUGACAGAGCAAGAAUAUCAAAAUUUCAAAAAGAGAGCUGCUACUAAUAUUCCAAUGAAUAGAAUAGGCACAGUUGAAGAAGUAGCAAAGGCAAUCAUCUUCCUAUCAUCUGAACAGUAAGUUACUGGUCAUAUAAUGAAGGUAGACGGAGGUAAACAAUUGACAUCAAGUGGAUAUAUCCCUUGGUAUGGCAUGGAAAUGAUGAAUAGAAGAUUUGAGCCAGACUAUCUUUCAAAUAUUAAUUACUGGAUGGCCAAUGCCAAAGAUAAGAUUAGAAAGUCUAAAUUCGAUGCAGGAACUGAAGAAUGGAUUUAGGAGAUUCAGAAUUCUAACUGGGCUACUCACAAUGAAGACGCUCACUUCAAGGUUAUGCAGGAAUACAAGAAAGAAAACAUGAAUGACGAUGAAGUAAAUCACUAUCUCAACAUGCACAAAGAAGGAGGAGUUGACAAUCCCAAAGCUGCAAAGAGAGUUUGA